AUGUCCCCCUCUCCUCCUCUUCGUCUCUGUGAGCAGCCGUUCCUGGCCGGCCUGCACCCAGCACUGUCGCCCAUCCGGGACGCGAGCCCCAUGAAGCGCUCCGCCUCGCUGCUGGGCGCCAGCGUCCGCACCCCGGGGCCCGACCUGGCCGAGCUGUCCCUGGAGCGCGUGAGCCCCGACCGUGGGGCCCCCCCGGACCCCGCCUCCGCCGCUCGUGCCCCGGGGUGCCUCGCCGGCGCCGGGGGCCCCUCCCCAGCGAGGCUGGCCAAGCGGGGCGGCCCGGACGCCACGGUCGUUGGCGGGCGCCAGCAGAGGCGGCCACCCCUGCCGCCGGGGUCCGCUCGCCACUCGGACAUGUGGACCGGCUCUCAGAUGGAGCUGAGCUCCCCCAGGAUGGGCCGCCUGGGCGAGGCCUCCGACCCGGCCUCACGCUCACGCACCCGCAGGGGCGUGGGGACGCACGCCCCACCGGCCGGCACGCGCAAGGCCGGCAGCCGCUCCCUCAGCAGCAGCCCCGUGCGCCCGGGCCUCGGGUACCCGUCGGAAUCGUGCACGCCGGUGUGCGGCACGCCCCUGCGCACGCGGCGCCGCCAGCUCCCGCGCACGCCCCAACAACAACAGCAAGCGGCGGGGGGGGCGGUAGCGCCGCUCCACCCCGGCCGCUCCGGGCCUGGCACCCGCUCCUCCUCGCCCCCCGUGCAGCAGCCGCCGUCGCCCUCCGCCGCGGGAACCGGCGGCGUCUCCGCGUCCGUGGCGCGCCGCUCGGCCGGCACCCGUCCCGCGCCGGCCAAGCGCGUGUGCUCGCUGGUGCUGGAGGGCCGCGAGUGGGAGGGCGGCCGGAUGACGCCGGGGGACCGGCGCGGUGGCGGCGGCGGCGACGACGACGAGGAGGGGGAGCGGGAGGAGGAGGAGGAAGAGGAGGAAGAGGAGGAAGAGGAGCCGCGGUCGAAGAGGUCGUCGCACGAGCAGCAGCGCGCGAGGACGCCGCGCGACGACGAGUUCGGCCGUCGGGCCGCCGCCGGCGGAGGAGGCGGCGGGGUCCGUUCCUCGGCGCCCGGCGGCCGGCACGGCGGCUCGACCGGCCCGGCGCGCCACCACGCGUCCGACCCCUACCUGAGCCUCACCCGCGGCGCCGGCGCGACGACGCCGGGGCCGCGCUCGCCUCCGGCCGGGCAAGGCCACGCGCCGGCGCGUCGGGCGGCGAGGCGGCGCGGGGGAGCGGACGAGGACGAGGAGGCGGCGAUGGGGGGGGGCGUCCCGGAGCGAGCGGCCCACGGCCCCCGGCCGCCGCGGCUGCCCAACGGCCACCGGCCGCAGCGGCGCGGCGGCGCGCCGAGCGCGAAGCCGCGGGGCGGCGCGCGGAGGGGAGGCGAGCGGAGGGGGGGCGAGCGGGCGUGCAGCGAGACGGACGAGGACGACUGGUGCUAG